ACCAGCUCCACCGCCUCCCUCUCCCGAACCUCUCUGUAGAGAACCUCUUUUGGUGGAAUCUUUCCAGCUUCAAUAGAUUCGCUUGACUGAAUCGAGAGGUGAGUUUUGUGCCCGUGAAGGAAAAGCAAGAACAAGAAGUGAUUGAAGAUAUGGUCCUUAUAUCUUUCGCCGACGACACUGCAUCCCCUAUUUAUGGAGAAACGACGUUCCUAACCCUAAUAUCCGCUAAUUUCUCUCACUAACCACCGAAAGGUACAAUUGUUUCUCUUUCUCUUCUUCUUCUUCUUCUUCUUCUUCUGAAUUAUUGUCCUCUUGCUGUUGUUGAUUGUUGUUGAUGUGAUAUUUCAUCUACAAUAACAUGUUUUUUGUUUGUGGAUUUCAUGUAUAUUUACAAAAAAAUUUAGAAACUCAUGAAGUUGAAACUAAUCAUGAUUGUUUUUGUUGUUCAUACAUGACAGAUUUGAAGAUGCACAUCAAGUGUUUUGAUGAAAUUCCUCAAAAAACCGGUAAGAUGAGUUCGAAUCCAUUCUCAAUUACACAUGCUUCCUACUCACGCAGUUUCAUAACUAAUGCUGGGAAAACUAAGUCGGUCUUUUGGUACUUCCAUUUCAGCAGGAGAAGAGUACCUGGUGUAAGAAAGGUUGCUAUUUUGAUUAUUCAGAAGUGGAUACACAUAAGAUUUUAUGAACAAAUAAGCAUACGUAGUCUACUUUCUGAUGGGGAACUGUUAAAAAGAUGUAUGUGGCAUGCAACAGUAGAACGUCUUCUCCUAACAAGCACGAUUUGUGGAGACCUGUCUAGAUCCAUCCCCGCGAAGACACUAAUUAGGGUAGUCGCAGCAGGAAAUAUGGAAGAGCGCAAGGAAUUCUUUCGGAAUCUAUAUAAUUUCAUAUUCAAAGCCAAAUCAAGAACAGAGGAAGCAUAAACGGGAUGUCCACCCAAGACACACAUAAAUGACCCGAUGGGCCCAAGCCCGCUAUCACCCGACUUAUAAAAGCAGUUUGACCUUUAUUCUAGAAUAAUUGUAGUACAUUUUGUGAAGUUGCCAUUGUUAUUAUGAAAAAUAAAAGGUGAAAGAAACAUCAAUAGACAACUAAUUCUGUCAAGUGUCCAGUAUUGUUUUUCUGGUAUGCGAAGAAGACAAUGAAGUCGAAUGGAUUCCACUUCUAUGAUCAGUUCUGUUCACAUCCAUCCCCGCAACGUGGGGAUCCUCAUCUAGUUUGAAUUAUGAACGCCAACUUUUUAUCCGAAAGUAAUUUCAAAGCAGACGGAUAAAUCUUUAUAUUACCCUCCUAAAAAUGAAAAAAUUAACGAUUAUAAAAAUAGACAGACAAAAAGUAAAAAUUAGUUUUAUGUAAAUGAAGUUAAUAUCAAUAACCUCAUUAAACUUUUGAAGCAACUCUUGUGUGUUUUUUUCAUAAGUUUCUUUGCG